CAUUGUAUCUCAAUCUCUCCUCAUAAUCCACGCCUCACGUUUUCUAGCUGAAAUUCCGCUGAUUUCGAUCGGUUUCUUCCAUUGAUUGGAAAUGGUUUGUAGGGAGAUUUUUUCAUCAAUUUCCCCUUUUGGCUAAGCGUUUCAUAGUUGAUGAUGUACGAAUUGUUAUCGGUUGAUUGAUUUUGUUCGUAUAAUUGUAUUCGGCCUUGUUAUUUUAAGAACUGAUCUGAUCGGCGUUGUCUGGUAUCAUAAUUUGGUUCAGAACGGAUAUUCACGAUGGUUGUUUGAAUUUUGAAAUAAGUGUAACGUUGUUAUUGUUACAUCGAUCGCUAUUAAUCUAGGUGAAGUUGUAAUUUGUAAAUCUCGAGUGUAGAUUGGAAAUUGUAUAUUUGAUUAAGGAUUCGAGAUUGAUUGAGAUUCGAAGUGAUAACUUGCUCCGAGGAUCAGCUCUUGCACCGGCAGGAAUACGAAGAGGAAAGAAAAGGAAUCGGAUCGGUAGCGAAUGGAUAUGAGAUUGCCAAUGGUGGAUUGCCGAAGCUUGAUUGAAUUUUGCCGAGCUUUCGAACAGCACAAGAAUAUGACGCCAUCGAUCAAUAACAACAGCAACAAUCAGUCUCGGAACAAUAAGAAGUAUAGCGGCCAUUCAAAUUAUAUAAACCCUCUGUAUCAUCCGUUUUGUGAGCGAUCCCCUUUUGCAGCUCUCGAUAUUCUCAUGUUGAUUCUUGUACUAGGAGCACUUGGUUUCUUAAUCGUACCAUACAUCAAUACAAUCUACCAUGGAGCCAUUGAGAUUCUCCCAUUGGUUUUUGAAGUUAUUGGAGAUAUAAUAUCUGAUGCACCAAUUGCAUAUGUUGUUGGUUUGGUCGCUGCUUUCAGUGGAGUCAUCGCUAGUAUUGCAGCUUGGGAAAUCCUUGAAGUAAAAUCAAGGAAAUGUGGAAAACCAGAUUGUAAAGGUCUGCGUAAAGCUAUCGAGUUCGACAUCCAGCUCGAAUCCGAAGAGUGCAUCAAGUAUUCACCAACAGGAGGAACAACAGGUUAUGGUGUGAAGCCAUUGGAGCUCGGAAAAGAUCACCAGGAGCUGGAGGCAGAGUUGAAGAAGAUGGCGCCCCUCAAUGGCCGGACUGUUCUCAUUUUCCGAGCACCAUGUGGAUGUCCAGCUGGGAGAUUGGAGGUAUGGGGGGCUAAGAGAAUUCGUAGAAUCAAAAAAUGAUUUAUCUUAUGCUAGAUUUCUCUUAGAUAGAAUAAUCAUGAGCUGAUGUUCUUACUCAGGACUCCUUUCAUUUACAUACAUAAUAAUGGAUCCUUGCAUCUUCUAGUUAUCAUCAUCUAUCAAGUUUGCUCCUUCUGAUU